AUGUUUAUAAAAAGGUACUUAAUAUUAUUUAUAACAACAAUCAUACUUAGUACAAGUUGUAUACAUGCACAAGAUGAAAUAAAUGGUCGUUAUCGCUAUAACCUUCCAUCAUCGGCAGAAUCCCUUGAUAUAGUGCCAGUUGCAGUAGAGUAUGGAAAAGGAAAAGCAGGUGAAAAUAAAGCAAUCAAGUAUUCUUCUGGCUUAAGAAUGAUACCUAAAGAAGAUGCAAUUAUUACAAAAGAACUUUCAAAACAGAGCGAUGUUACACGAACAGAAGGAGAUAAAAUUAAAAACUUAAAACAAAAUAUUUCAGUCUCAAAAUCAACAAAUUUACAAAUACCAGUGAGUGUAGUUUAUGAAACUGUGCCUAAAAAAGAAAUUGAUCAAAAUUCAAGCCCAACUAUUAAAAGACGAAAUCAAAUAAAUAGGCGUCAACAAAGACCGAAAACAGAUAAUAAGCCUCAGGCAGUAUUGGACCAUGACAGGACAACUAAAAUAAAAGAAAGAAAGGAUUUUACAGGGAGAAAGGAAAUGAUGGCGAUAUUGUCUACCACUUUGCCGCCGAAAACUAAAAGUCUAGUAAAUUUGACAGCUAGGGAUCCAACAGAAUUGGUCAGCAAACACCGUAAAAUGGAAGGAAAUAAAUCUACCAUUUCUAAAACAGAAACUUCAUUAAAUGAACCGCAUAAAGAAAUAACUCAAAAUACUAUCAACAAGCGAAAAAAUAAGCGAAUGCGAAAUCAGUUCGUACCGAUCAUAAAUGAAGAAAACUUUGUAUUUUCACACAGUGGUAACUUUCAUUAUAGCUUCGAAGGUGGUGACGGGACAAAAGUAUUUGAGGAAGGCAAAUUAACAUCGAUUAAUAAAGACGAAGCAGGUGCAAGUGUGAAGGGAGGAUUUUCUUAUACAGAUAACGAAGGCAACGAUUACAGCCUCUCAUACACAGCUGAUGAAAAUGGUUAUCGACCAACUGGAGCACAUCUUCCCACGCCUCCUCCUAUUCCACCGGCAAUUGCACGAGCCUUAGAAUAUCUUGCUACUAAAUCUACUCCUCACCCAGCUACUGAAGCAACAAGCAAGUUCAACUAA